UUAUUUUUGAGGGGGGUUUUUUUCUUCUUUUUUGGGUAGUUAAAGGGUUAAAGACGAAGAGCCACCAAUGGAGGGUUAAAAGAGUCGCAUGUGGCUCCGGAGGUUGCAGACUGCUGGGAUAAGACAUGUCAAUUCAGGUGCGAGUGAAUGUUUCCAUCUAUGAGACUAAUCCUCUGUUGAAAAGUACAAAUAGAUAAAUGUGCAUAUAUAUUUAUUACCAAAAUAAAAAAAAACAGUGAAUUUGUUAUAGUUAUAUUUAAAUUCAGAAAAACCUAAACAAACCAUGAAUGGCUUAUGUAAAGAAACUGUGUCCUGUUGUAAAAUCAAGAUUCAACAGUUGUUAAGGCAAAAAGGUAAAUGUUUGCUGAACCAACUACAGUAUCUGUGGUUUGCAUUUGAUUCACAAUAAUGCCGGCGAACCUGUAGUGCUGUCAUUUUAUAGCCUUCAGCAUAAACCCCAUGCAAUUACUUCAUAACUGUGGGCUAGAGGUAUGUGACACUGUGAACAGGUCGGUCGAGUUUUUCUCUUUUACUGGAAACUGUAACUGGAGCUUAUUUUAAAAAACCAACAUUUAUGUACAGAAAGUUGUUUUAACGUGCCAGUCGGGUCUGUGGUUAAAUCAAGAAAGAUUUGUGGACUUUAACCCAUCAGACGGUGUUAGUUAUUGUGUAAUGAGGAGGCAAAGCAGGAAGUGAACCACAGGUACACAACAAAAAGGUGAAAAAAGAGGGGGCGGGACGUUGGAGAGUGAGACACACAAAGGUGUGAGGUGUGGUUUGCAAACGUAGAAGACUUAUUAGGCUUCUUACACUUGAGCUGCUUGGACAUUUUGCCUGAGUAAGUAUUUUACUUCAGAUUUUAUAAGAUUGAGAAGCUGUUUUUUUCCUUAAAUACAACAUCUAACAAGCUAAAAACUACUUGUCUAAAACUCUAUUUAAGUUUUGUUCUGUUUUAACACUCUUAAAGUAGACCUCUAAAGUAAGCAUUAGAAGAGAAGUGUUGUCGCACAACUUUAAAUGUGUGUCACGUCAUAUUUUUACUGGUUGGGGCAAAGGAGUGACGCAGAUUCUCAUCUUUUUCCCACACUUGAACGUGUUCAGUUCUCACAUUUUCUGUCAAACUGCUCAACAUUCCAGAGUCAUCUGUUAAUGAGGAGGAAGAAGAAGACUGUGCACCUGCCCGACAAGAUUUUUUAUGAUGUGCCUCAAGAAAAAUACUUCCUUUAAUCCCAGUGUCGUUCUUGCUCUGCUCUGAAGCAGAAUGUUGGUUUUUGGAUGGGGGCUUUUUUGGAUGUUUUUGUCCCUGACUAAGUCAGGCUGGAGUGUGGAAGUUUCUGACAAAAAUGAAGUCAUCUGGCUCCAGAAUACAAACGAUGCUCCAACUGGAUCUGCGGCGGUUCUCUGGUGCAGCGGACCGGCUCUUUCUGAAUGUACUGCGUACGACGAAAUUCCGGUGACAGAUGGCGACACCAUAGAUGUCAUGAAGCUAAACUCAGAUUUUAGGCUUUGCUGUGAGAAAGGGCAUGAAUGCGGAUUGUGUCUGGUGAUCGACGCUACGCUCCACAUCUCUCCUGAUAAAGACCAGGAGUCUGGUGGUCAGUCUGGAGCUGAUGAGGAGUAUCCGAAUGAGGAGAACGAUAAAGAGUCUUUUAGAUUGUGUUACAAAGACUCAGCGAGCAUAGGCACGUGCAAGAAGGUGGAGUUUAACCUUAAUACCAAAGGUCUCAAUCCCGGAAACCAGACUGAGAUAUCCAUGGUGAUCUCCCACAAUGGAGGAUUUCCUUUUAGCCUUCAGUUGGACGUCGCAGCAAAUGGUUUCUCUCAAGCAGUCACAGCACCAUCCCUUCAGGAAGUGUGUUCCCAGAAGAAGCUGCAGAAAUACUUGCCAUCGUGUCAAGGACCCACCAUCACUCAUGUCAUUAAUCAUACAAUGAACUGGAUGGAGUUGCUUGUUGAAGGGGAGAGUGAGGAUCUUCCAUCUUUGUGUGUCCAGUAUGAAAAAGAAGGAAUUUGUCAGAGAAUGAAGGAAACAACAAUCCCACUGCAGUCUUUGGCUCCCUGCAUGUGUUUCCAGGCAUGGUUUGAGGAAGAGCGCGAGUCGAUGCGGACUCUUUACUGCCCCUUCAGUGAUGAAGACUUUCCUCGAGAACUGCAAGAGAACAUGCAUCAAAAUUUGACAGUUGAUGUGCACCUGAGGCAGGUGAAGGACCAGCAGACGAUGCUCUUUUGGAACCUUUCUGCCCCCUGCAGGCUGAAGGGUGAAGUGCGGCUCUGCUCUGAAUCCACUUGUUUGAAGUCAAAAACUGACACAGAACAACUGUCAGUUAAAAAUUGGGAACAGACCCAAAUGCAUCAAUGGAAAAUUGAAGGCAUGUUUCCAAACGUUGAAGGGACAUGGAAUACAUUUUAUUGUAUUCAGAUACAAAUAGAAGGAAAAUGGCAACAGUUGGAUCCAAUCUGCACCAAUAAAUCUGGAAGGUGGCGCUGGAGUCUCCUGGUUGUUGGGUCUAUGCUACUCAUCUGCCUUACCGCUUUUAUGAUAUAUUUCUUUCAUGACUUUAUCAAAAAGUGGGUGCAGAGCUAUCAUCGUGGAAAAUUCGUUCCCAUUGCUCUACAACCAAAAAAGGGUCACGUGGUGCUGGUGAGCCCCCCGAAGGUGGACGACGGCGUUUCAGAGUCUGUUCGUCACCUUGGCUCGCUCCUCUGCCAGCAGGGCUUCAGUGUUUCUGUUGACCAUUGGAGCAGGACGGAGCAGGGCACUCUGGGACCUCUGCCAUGGCUGCAUUCGCAGAUGCUGAAGGUGGAAAGCAUGGGGGGACGAUGUGUGCUUAUUUUGACCCAAGAGACAAAGGAGAGAACGCAGGAUUGGUCCCUGUCCAACAUAGAUGGGAAUGGUCCAGAUCAACCCAGGUGUCCGUACUCGGAUCUGUUUUACGCCACACUGUUCCUCAUUCAAAAACACAAGCAACAGAACAUGGCUUCUGAACGCUUUACUCUGGUGGCGUUGGAGUCCAAUCUAACUCAGGACAAGGACAGAAAUCUACCAGAGCUGCUAUGCAAGUUGCCUCUGUUCCAUUACCCCACUCAGACUGGAGCACUAUUGGCUGAUCUGACUUCACAAAGGAGAAAAAGUGUAAGGACGUGGACAUGGCCAAAGUGAAGAACCCAGGAUUUUCAAGAUGGAAUAUAAUCACUGUCCUUUAUAGAUCUUGGUAACUCUUAACAAAAAGUGGUCUAUUUGAGUGAACUACUGGAUGUAUUAAGUCUAUAUGAAGCAGACCCUGGUCUGGGACAAGUGCUCUAAGACCCAUUUUUGAAGUGGUCUCAGUUUGUUUCCAAUCAGACUGAGCUCCAAUUCAUUCUGAGUCUCCUCAAUCUGAAUAGGCUCUUUGCUCGGAGUGGAACAACUUGGCCAAAACAGACACCGUAUCACUGUAACAAGGCAUUAUAUUAUACAAACAGAGUAGGAAAAGCUGCGGACAAACAUGGAGAAUCCUUGAGACACAGCAACUCAUUGAAAUGUGGUGGGAUGAGUCCAGGCUCAUGAAAACAACUUUUAGCGUGACAAGCGUUGCUUCUCACACUGUUUUCCCAAUUAUCUAUAUGUCUUAAGUAUUCAUCAGCAACAUCAGUCGUACCAAAAUAGCAAUAAAAAGACUUGUACCUGAAGUUCAAAACUGGUCAGCAAAAUAUAAAGUUUUAAGAAGUGAACUCACCCGACAAUGUCUGUAAAGCUUAGGACUUUCAUUGUUCUGUCUCUCAUUGCUUUGCCCCGCCUCCUAAUUCCUAGCCAAUGACUGAAGAGAUCUUUGGUCACAUGGUUUUGUUUACAAGCUUUGGUUCAAGAAGGAAUGUCCGCUUGAAAAGAAAUCUGAAUACAGACCAAAUGUAAGGUUCAGGUUUCAGUCUUGACCAAAUUAAGCGGACUAUGACCAGGUCUGCAACCUGCAACAUUUGUGGCUCUUUUACUUCUCCACAGUGACUCUCUGGCUAAAGAAAAUAAAUGGUUCCUAAAUUAGCAUUUAUUUAAUUUAGAUUAAUUAAAUGUAUACAUUUCUGGCACAGAAGUUUCUAAACUUGUGCCAAGAGAAAAACGCGACUUUUACUCUAGUACAUUAGGCCUCUUGCUGCUCGUUAGCGUUACUUUUGACUGGAAUAAAUCAUAAUAAUCUAAAAUGAUCCUGUACUAAUCCAAGUACUUUUUAACUCUUGCGCAAGUAAUUAUUUGGAUGCCUACUCUCUACUUGAACUUGAGUACUAUCUUGGUAAAGUAAAGAUAUUUUUACUUGAGUAAAAUUUUUUGAAUACUCUACCCACUUCUGGACCGGACAUGGGUGGUGAUUUUAAGUCCCUUGGCAAAAAGUUGUCUAUUUACGAAUACUUCAAGUGUACUUAGUUUGUGCAAAAAUUGAGGCCUAUUAGCCUGUGAAGAAGUAUUCAUUUAGUAUACUUUCCCAACUACACAUAGACAAUCUUUAGUAUAUUUGACUUAUUUGUACUUAUACUCAAGUAUAAGUAUUGAAUUAAGUUUCAAGUGUACCACUUUUUGCUAGCAUACAGUUUUAUGUAGUAAUUUUUAUGUAUUGUUUAGGUUAAACACAUUUAACCUUUCACCCGCACUGAUUGUCACACUAAGUUUGCUGCUUUUACGUGAGAUUCACUCUAAAGUUAAAUUAAAUUUUACGUUUUUGUUGUUUAAAAUGAGUUAUGCGCUGGCGUCUAUAAAUAAAUCCGCUGCUGAAUCCUGAUUGGUUCUGGAUCGGAAGCAGCUGUUCAUCUCAUUGGUGAAUUUGAGUGUCAGUCAAGGAAAACUUAGUGACGCUUGUUUUAAAAACCUCAGCACGCCGGGGCGGGCGGUGUUAGAGAGUUCGCGCGGUUUACAUAAGCUCCGCUCGCUCGGGGUGUUUUUGUUUGAGUCGCCGGCCACGCGGCUGUGACGGCUUUUAAAGAGAGUUCAAGAUUGGCGAAGAAUUGGUAAAUAAUUCUCUUUCUUUCGGUUGUACGACUCAAUUUGUCCGUGUUUAUAGAGUGAAACAUAUUUUUUGUAAUAAAUUAAACUUUAAAUGAUAAACAGCACAAAGUUCGUCUUGCAGUUUCUUAUGAAGCACACUUUACGUCAUUUAGUUUUAGUUUACUGUACUGCCAGUGACACUCAGUUCCCUAACAUGUUUUCAAAACUUUCUUACUAAUAAAGUUUCAUGGUUGUGCCAAAAACAUUGUUUGUUGGGGGAAAAAAACAUUGAAAUAAUUUAAUAUAAAUAUAAAUAUAGGUGACAUGUAAAUUCUGUAAAUACCUGCUGUUUCUGUUGUAUUAUAUUUUUAAUGCUCAAUAAAUGUGAAACAAAUAUAA